CGAUAAGUAAUCGAUUUCACAAUUGUUACCAGUUGCGAUUGGGUGCUACAAUCUUUAUUACUCCCGAUUACCACAGAAUCCGAUCGCAACGGAUUCCACAGGCAGUGAUUGGCUGAGGUCAAACAAAACAGGAAUACCUGUAUCGUUGCUAGUGAUGUAAAAGUAUCAAGGUAAAAAGGUGUCUGAAUGCUGUCGAAGUUUGCAAAUGGUUGCAAACAAUUUGGAUUACAACUGUUUACCACCACCAAUUUCAUCGCAACCCGGUCGCAAUGCAAAGUCUAGUCUGAAUAGGUUGUAUCUUACAGUCAUUGCUUGAAGGAGCUUGAUGUGCGAAGUACAGUAUGUUGUUCCAUGUUUGUCUCUUGCUUCUUUUAGCAGUUGCUGCAGAUUGCAACGAACGUUGCAAUAAUUGGACAGCAGCGGAUGCCAAUUUUGGUCAGACAUGUUACUCUAAACUUGAGUGGAGUUCAUUUAGCGUCGACUCACCACCGAGUAAAUGUUAUCUGAAGCCUGUUACCAAAAGUAAUGAUGAAUUACGCCUUCAACGAACGGACACAAGUUUGUACCAUUUGGAGAAUGACAACAAUUCUGAUGGUUUGGUAAUGUUAACUGCCGCUUUAAAUAACCUUCAACCAACACGUAAUAUCUUAACCAACGGAAUGCCAAAUGUUCAAGGCACAGUCGCUACACUUCUUCAAGUAGCUACACAGACAGCAACGCUUGGUGAAGAAACCGGUGCAGUAUUGCCAACUGCCACCUUGAGGGAUGUUAAAGCAACACAAGAUCUCCCUUUAACCAACGGAUUGGUUGUACAAGAAACAAUCCAAACAAGAGGUCUAGAAGCUACUCAAACAAUUGAAAUACGAGGUGUGACGACCGCAACCGCGGAUCUCUCUACCAAUACUAUGACGGAAAACCACGAAGGUACAACUGCUACACUUCACCAAGUAGCUACGCAGACAGCAACGCUUGGUGACGGAGCCGUUGCGGUAUUGCCAACUGCUACCUUGGCGGAUGUUAAAGCAACACGAGAUUUCAUUUCAACCGACGGAUUGGCUGUGCAAGGAACAAUGCAAACAAGAGGUCUAAAAGCCACUCAAACAAUUGAAAUACGAGGUGUGACCACCGCAACCGCGGAUCUCUCUACCAAUACUAUGACGGAAAACCACGAAGGUACAACUGCUACACUUCUCCAAGUAGCUACGCAGACAGCAACGCUUUGUGGCGGAGCCGGUGCGGUAUUGCCAACUGCUACCUUGGCGGAUGUUAAAGCAACACGAGAUCACCUUUUACCUGACGGAUUGGCUGUACAAGGAACAAUCCAAACAAGGGGUCUAGAAGCUAGCCAAACAAUAGAAAUACGAGUUGUGACGACCGCAACCGCGGAUCUCUCUACCAAUACCAUGACAGAAAACCACGAAGGUACAACUGCUACACUUCUCCAAGUAUCUACGCAGACAGCAACGCUUGGUGACGGAGCCGGUGCGGUAUUGCCAACUGCUACCUUGGCUGAUGUUAAAGCAACACGAGAUCACCUUUUAUCUGACGGAUUGACUGUACAAGGAGCAAUCCAAACAAGGGGUCUAGAAGCUAGCCAAACAAUAGAAAUACGAGGUGUGACGACCGCAACCGCGGAUCUCUCUACCAAUACUAUGACGGAAAACCACGAAGGUACAACUGCUACACUUCUCCAGGUAGCUAAGCAGACAGCAACGCUUGGUGACGAAGCCGGUGUAGUAUUUCCAACUGCCACCUUGGCGGAUGUUAAAAUAACACGAGAUCUCCUUUUAACCGACGGAUUGGUUGUACAAGGAACAAUGCAAACAAGAGGUCUAGAAGCCACUCAAAUAAUUGAAACACAAGGUGUAACGACAGCAACCGUGGGUCUCUCUACCGAUACCAUGACAGAAAUUCACAAUGGUACAGCCGCUACACUUCUUCAAGUAGCUACGCAGAGAGCAACGCUUGGUGACGGAGCCGGUGCGGUAUUGGCAACUGCUACUUUGGCGGAUGUUAAAGCAACACGAGAUCUUCUUUUAACUGACGGAUUGACUGUACAGGGAACAAUCAAAACAAGUGGUCUAGGAGGUUCUCAAACAAUUGAAAUACGAGGUGUGACGACCGCAACUGCGGAUCUCUCUACUAAUACUAUGACGGAAAACCACGAAGGUACAACUGCUACACUUCUCCAAGUAGCUACGCAGACAGCAACGAUUUGUGACGGAGCCGGGGCGGUAUUUCCAACUGCUACCUUGGCGGAUGUUAAAGCAACACAAGAUUUAAUUUCAACCGACGGAUUGGCUGUGCAAGGAACAAUGCAAACAAGAGGUCUAGAAGCUACUCAAACAAUCGAAAUACGAGGUGUGCCGACCGCAACCGCGGAUCUCUCUACCAAUACUAUGACGGAAAACCACGAAGGUACAACUGCUACACUUCUCCAAGUAGCUACGCAGACAGCAACUCUUGGUGACGGAGCCGGGGCGGUAUUGGCAACUGCUACCUUGGCGGAUGUUAAAGCAACACGAGAUUUCAUUUCAACCGACGGAUUGGCUGUGCAAGGAACAAUGCAAACAAGAGGUCUAAAAGCUACUCAAAUAAUUGAAACACAAGGUGUAACGAAAGCAACCGUGGGUCUCUCUACCAAUACCAUGACAGAAAUUCACGAUGGUACAGCCGCUACACUUCUUCAAGUAGCUACGCAGACAGCAACGCUUGGUGACGGAGACGGUGCGGUAUUGCCAACUGCUACCUUGGCGGAUGUUAAAGCAACACGAGAUCACCUUUUAUCUGACGGAUUGACUGUACAGGGAACAAUCCAAACACGUGGUCUAGGAGGUUCUCAAACAAUUGAAAUACGAGGUGUGCCGACCGCAACCGCGGAUCUCUCUACCAAUACUAUGACGGAAAACCACGAAAGUACAACUGCUACACUUCUCCAAGUAGCUAAGCAGACAGCAACUCUUGGUGACGGAGCCGGGGCGGUAUUGGCAACUGCUACCUUGGCGGAUGUUAAAGCAACACGAGAUUUCAUUUCAGCCGACGGAUUGGCUGUGCAAGGAACAAUGCAAACAAGAGGUCCAAAAGCUACUCAAACAAUAGAAAUACGAGGUGUGACGACCGCAACCGUGGAUCUUUCUACCAAGACUAUGACGGAAAACCACGAAGGUACAACUGCUACACUUCUCCAAGUAGCUACGCAGACAGCAACGCUUUGUGACGGAGCCGGUGCGGUAUUGCCAACUGCUACCUUGGCGGAUGUUAAAGCAACACGAGAUUUCAUUUCAACCGACGGAUUGGCUGUGCAAGGAACAAUGCAAACAAGAGGUCUAAAAGCUACUCAAACAAUAGAAAUACGAGGUGUGACGACCGCGACCGCAACCGCGGAUUUUUCCACCAAUACUAUGACGGAAAACCACGAAGGUACAACUGCUACACUCCUCCAAGUAGCUACGCGGACAGCAACGCUUUGUGACGGAGCCGGUGCGGUAUUGCCAACUGCUACCUUGGCGGAUGUUAAAGCAACACAAGAUUUAAUUUCAACCGACGGAUUGGCUGUGCAAGGAACAAUGCAAACAAGAGGUCUAGAAGCUACUCAAACAAUCGAAAUACGAGGUGUGACGACCGCAACCGCGGAUCUCUCUACAAAUACUAUGACGGAAAAUCACGGAGGUACAACUGCUACACUUCUCCAGGGAGCUAAGCAGACAGCAACUCUUGGUGACGGAGCCGGGGCGGUAUUGCCAACUGCUACCUUGGCGGAUGUUAAAGCAACACGAGAGUUCAUUUCAGCCGACGGAUUGGCUGUGCAAGGAACAAUGCAAACAAGAGGUCUAGAAGCUACUCAAACAGUCGAAAUACGAGGUGUGACGACCGUAACCGCGGAUCUCUCUACCAAUACUAUGACGGAAAACCACGAAGGUACAACUGCUACACUUCUCCAAGUAGCUACGCAGACAGCAACUCAUGGUGACGGAGCCGGGGCGGUAUUGGCAACUGCUACCGUGGCGGAUGUUAAAGCAACACGAAAUUUCAUUUCAACCGACGGAUUGGCUGUACAAGGAACAAUCCAAACAAGAGGUCCAGAAGCCACUCAAAUAAUUGAAACACAAGGUGUAACGAAAGCAACCGUUGGUCUCUCUACCAAUACCAUGACAGAAAUUCACGAUGGUACAGCCGCUACACUUCUUCAAGUAGCUACGCAGACAGCAACGCUUGGUGACGGAGCCGGUGCGGUAUUGCCAACUGCUACCUUGGCAGAUGUUAAAGAAACACGAGAUCUUCUUUUAACUGCCGGAUUUUCUGUACUAGGAACAAUCCAAACAAGGGGUCUAGAAGCUACUCAUAUAAUUGCAACACAAGGUGUAACGACCGCAACUGCCGAUCUUUCAACCAAUACGGAAAAUCACGAUGGUACAGCCGCUACAAAUUUCCAAGUAGUAACGCACACAGCAACGCUUAGUGAUGGAGCCGGUGUGGUAUUGCCAACUGCAACUCUGUCAGGUGUUAAACCAACACAAGGUGUAUUUUUGUACGAGGUAUAUAAGCAACCGGGCGAUACAACAAACCUUAUUGAACCUAGUAAUGAAUUGCUUAAACCAAUUAUUAUGUCUGUUUCUUCGCUUAUUCUGAUUUUUCAAGCAUACUCUCAGACUAAAUUUACUGCUAUUCCAUCUAUGUUGAUUAAGAUGGCACGAAACAGAGCAUUCGUUGUUUAGAGAAAAAUAUUCAUAGCUUCAUGAUUAAAACUAUUAUCAACGUCGUCGUUAUGGACAUUGUGAAGAUUUACUAACACUGGGUAACAUCUAUUGUUCUCUUAUUAUUUAAUUAUGUCUAUCAAUAAUAGAACAUUAUCUUGAUAUGAAUAAAUAUAAUAAUAAUAAUAAUAAUAAUAAUAAUAGUAAUAUUAAUAAUAAUAAUAAUAAUAAUAUUAA